UUAAUACCCAACAACACACACUAAAUUAAACAAUGUGUUGGGUUUCUGCUCCAAAUAAAACGUGAUUCUGUUCAUGGUCGUUUCUGGGCACUCAGUUACUCUCUCUCUUCUUCUAGUGUGGUCGUUUUGUUAGGGCACAGAAUCCCUUUUCGGAUCGGUGGAGCAAAGUCCUGCCGGCGAGAUUCCCGACUUUCUUCAAUCGGCGAUCGAGCACCGGCGAAGAUGAAGGUUUUUGUGAAGACUCUAAAGGGAACGCACUUUGAAAUUGAAGUGAACCCCUCAGACACGCUGUCUGAAGUGAAGAAAAAUAUAGAAACUGUUCAGGGUGCAGACGUCUAUCCUGCUGUGCAGCAAAUGCUUAUUCAUCAAGGAAAAGUUCUAAAGGAUGGUACUACUUUGGAGGAAAAUAAAGUAGCUGAAAAUAGUUUUAUUGUAAUUAUGCUAUCGAAGGCUAAGAGCUCAUCCGGUGAAGGAUCCACUGCUUCAACUGCACUUUCAGCUAAGACUACUGCAGCUCUUACUUCAACAUCGGUGUCUGCUGCAUCUCAAGCUCCUGCUUCAACUGGAGCAACGCCUACACCUGUUACUGCACCAGCAGCUGCUCCUGCACCUGCACCAGCUCCUGCUCCUGCACCUGCACCAGCUCCUGCUCCUGCUCCUGCACCAGCUCCUGCUCCUAUUUCUUCAGGCUCUUCUGUGCCAGGAUUUGAUAUAUAUGGACAGGCAGCAUCCAAUCUUGUUGCUGGAAGCAACUUGGAGGAAACAGUUCAGCAAAUCCUUGAUAUGGGUGGAGGAAGCUGGGAUAGGGAUACUGUUCUACGUGCUCUUCGUGCUGCUUAUAACAACCCUGAGAGAGCUGUUGAAUAUUUGUAUUCCGGCAUUCCAGAGGAAGCUGAAGCUCCACCUGCUACUCGAGUGCCUGCAAGUGCUCAACCUGCAAAUCCUCCAGCUGCUGCUUCACAGGCAGCACAACCAGCAUCUGUUCCUUCUAGUGGACCUAAUGCUAAUCCUCUAGAUCUCUUCCCCCAGGGCCUUCCCAAUGUUGGUUCUGGUGCUGCUGGUGCUGGCUCUUUAGACUUUCUGCGCAACAGUCAACAGUUCCAAGCCUUACGUGCUAUGGUGCAGGCUAAUCCACAAAUAUUGCAGCCUAUGCUACAAGAGCUUGGCAAACAAAAUCCUCAUCUCAUGAGAUUGAUUCAAGAGCAUCAAGUUGACUUCCUUCGCCUAAUUAAUGAACCUGUUGAAGGGGGCGAGGGAAAUAUACUGGGACAGCUGGCUGGUGCCAUGCCUCAAGCAGUGACUGUCACACCUGAGGAGCGGCAAGCAAUUGAACGUCUGGAAGCAAUGGGUUUCGAUCGUGCAACUGUAUUGGAGGUGUACUUUGCUUGUAACAAAAACGAGGAACUUGCUGCCAACUACCUUUUAGAUCACAUGCAUGAGUUUGAUGAAUAAUUAGAUCUCCGUUACAAUUUGUCUAAAUAUUUACCAUGUUUCCUUUUGAACGGUCUUUGUUAUGUAAUGAGGUAAUAUUUGAUAAUGACUAGUCUUGAAUGGAUAAGGAAUAUUUUAAUCGCCGCAUUAUUGCCCAUGUAUUCAUCAUUUUAGAAAUUUUAUAAAUAUUUAUAUACAUAGCUGUUUGACUUGUAUUGUU